UCCUGAGGAGCCAAGUGCUUGAGCGUCACAGGCAAGAGUUAGAGCUUAGGCAAGAUGGCGGACGUACUGGAUCUUCAUGAGGCCGGGGGCGAGGAUUUCGCCAUGGAUGAGGAUGGGGACGAGAGCAUCCACAAACUGAAAGAAAAAGCGAAGAAACGGAAGGGCCGUGGCUUUGGCUCCGAAGAGGGGUCUCGAGCGCGGAUGCGUGAGGAUUAUGACAGCGUGGAGCAGGAUGGCGAUGAACCCGGACCACAGCGCUCUGUUGAAGGUUGGAUUCUCUUUGUUACUGGAGUCCAUGAGGAAGCCACGGAAGAAGACAUCCAUGAUAAAUUUGCAGAGUAUGGAGAAAUAAAAAACAUCCACCUCAACCUGGACAGACGUACAGGAUAUCUAAAGGGUUAUACUCUAGUUGAGUAUGAAACAUACAAGGAGGCCCAAGCUGCUAUGGAGGGACUCAAUGGCCAGGAUUUGAUGGGACAGCCAAUCAGUGUAGACUGGUGUUUUGUUCGGGGUCCACCCAAGGGCAAGAGGAGAGGUGGCCGCAGACGCAGCAGGAGUCCAGACCGGAGGCGUCGCUGACCCAUCCUCUGUUGUCCAGGUGUUCUCUCCAGAGAUUCCAUUUGACUAUGAAGCCUUGCAGAAAUAGGGCUGGGGUGGAACUCACUGUGUCUGUACUUAAUCUCUUACCCUACCUGCUCAGUGUUUCUUUUGAGUUAUGAAUAAAUGUCCAAUUUUUGUUUUCUAAAAUUA